AUGAAUGAAGGUGUUAUGCAAUGUAAAUUUUGUCGAGGAGAGGGUGAUGCAAAUAUCUGGGGUGCAAGGAAUUCUGACAAUCAUGACAAACACGUGCAAAAGUGCCAUAAUUGCCAGGUGGACAUUUUACCUUCUUGA